AUGGCGUACGAGGAAAACUUUCAACAAAAUUCCGAACCGAAAUAUGACUGUCUUUUGUUUGACAUAGAUGAUACUCUUUACCCUCAAAGCUCUGGUUUGGCUACGCUUGUGAAAAACAACAUCCAAGAGUACAUGACUCAGAAACUUGGUGUUGAGGAAGAUAAAGUGCAAGAACUCUACCUUUCGCUUUAUAAAAUCUAUGGCACAACGAUGGCUGGUCUCAAGGCUGUGGGAUAUGACUUUGACAACGACGAUUUCCAUAGCUUUGUUCAUGGGAGAUUGCCAUACGAAACACUGAAGCCUGUCCCAAUUUUGAGGAAUAUUAUUCUUAGCUUGCCUAUUCGUAAAGUUGUGUUCACGAACGCAGACAAAGCUCAUGGAGCCAAGAUUAUUGCCAGGCUAGGCCUAGAGGACUGCUUUGAAAGAGUCAUAUCUUUCGAGACUCUUAACCCCAACACCAACACUGAAUCUCCUGUUGAUGCUGGAACCAGAGAGAUCUUCGACAUUAGCAGUUACAUUGCAAAUCCUGACCCAAGCAUCCAACUCCCAGAGACCCCUGUUGUAUGCAAACCAUCUGAAGGAGCAUUUGAACAGGUUUUCAAAAUGGCCAACAUCAAUCCUCACAAGACUUUGUUCUUCGAUGACAGCAUCCGCAACAUUCAAACUGGGAAACGUGUGGGUCUCUACACUGUAUGGGUUGGGACCUCACACAAAGUGGAAGGAGUAGAUAUUGCAUUGGAGCAUAUUCACAACAUUCGUGAAGCACUCCCUGAGCUAUGGGAAGCUGUUGAUGACAAAGCUGAGGAGACCAGAUCCAGGCAAAAGCACGCCAUUGAAACCAUUGCUUAA